AUUGGAUGAUAGAUACAGAGCAACGCAAGAGUCCAUUCGUCAGCAAUUCAUUAAUAAGUUUAGAAUCGAAUCUUUGAGUUAUCCACUUUACAUACAAAGACUUAUAAUUGACUCGAAAUACAGUCAGUUUCUCACUCUUUUCUUCUUCAUAUGGGUUUGCAUCUUUAGAAGCUCAUGACUUUUUGAUCGUUCAACUCUCAUCCAAGGAGCAAUAUAUUUCUGGUUUGUCGGUUACAUUAAAAAUGAGAAAGACACUUCAUGUUUCUGGUUUCCCUAAACUGAUUGCUGCUGAAGAAGUGAGAAAGUUCUUGGAGGGUCACACGUGCGAGGGAGCUAUAGAGGCUCUAGAAGUAAAACCAGGCAAGAGGGGUUCGAGGGCUUAUGCCAAAGUCCAAUUUACCUCUAAAGAAGACGCCGAUAAGAUUAUACAUUUGGCCAACAUUGGCCUCUACUAUUAUUUGGGAAACUCUCGCUCUUACUUGAAGGCCUUUGAACAGGACACCAACUUUGUAAAUCAUAGAUCUUUUAUGCAUGAAUUGGAUGGCCUCACUUUGAAUUUUGGGUGUCAGGUAUCAAAAGAUAGGUUUUCUGUGCUGUGGAGGGCUGCAAAUGUCUCUGUUAAAUUUGGAUCUUCCCUCAACAAAAUGCACUUGUUUGUGUGUGAUGAUCUGGUUGAAUACCGGCUGCAGCUGUCGUACGAGAAUAUAUGGCAGAUUGUGCUGUAUAAUUCCAGUGUCCAAACUGAAAGGCUUCUCCUUAUACAGCUAUUCGGAGCACCUCGGAUAUACAAGAAGCUCGAGUACUCAGUUUAUAGCUUUUACAGGGAAACUCCGGAUGAUCAGUGGGUGAGAACCACGGAUUUCACUCCCUCGUGUAUCGGACAAUCUUCUGGCCUGUGUCUCCAGCUUCCUCGCCACGUCAAACUCCCAGAUUUCAAGAACAACUUCAUGCACUACACUGUGAGCGAAGAGCCUUUCCAAUUAGUGAAUGGAGCCCCGUUUUGUGGAAAUCUGCCUCUGGUUCCGAUUGUACAACCUCCGCGUGGGCUUGAGCUGCCUUACAAAUUACUAUUCAAGGUUUGCAGCUUGGUGCAGACCGGAUGCCUUCCGGGAAUGAAGCUAGACACAGAGUUUUUCCAGUGUCUCAAUCCACGAAGAUAUGCUAUCAGAUACAUAGAGCAUGCUUUGGACAAGCUUUACUAUAUAAAGGAGUGCUGUUAUGAUCCUGUGGCAUGGCUACGUGAGCAAUACCGCAAGUACCAAACAUUUGAGGAACUACCAAAGCCUCCCACCAUUUCUUUGGAUGACGGCUUGGUAUAUGUUCACCGGGUUCAAGUUACCCCAACCAGAGUUUACUUUGCUGGUCCAGAGGUGAACAUGUCAAACCGUGUGCUGCGCCAGUUUUCUGCCCACAUUGACAAUUUUCUACGCGUUUCAUUCAUUGAUGAGGAGUGGGAUAAGAUGUAUUCCACUGAUCUGUCUCCAAAGGUAGCCACUGGUGUUGGGAAUGGAAGGACAAAGCUGUACGAGAGGGUGCUUUCGACUUUGAGGAAUGGCAUAACAAUAGGGGAGAAGAGGUUUCAGUUUCUUGCAUUUUCCUCGAGUCAGUUGCGUGAAAAUUCCCUCUGGAUGUUUGCUCCAGUGGAUGGCUUAACUGCUGAUGAUAUAAGGCGGUGGAUGGGCGACUUCAGUUCCAUACGAAACGUGGCAAAGUAUGCCGCGAGGCUUGGUCAGUCCUUUAGUUCGUCUACAGAGACGCUGAAAGUUGCUCAGUAUGAGGUUGAAAGAAUCCCCGAUGUUGAGGUUGUAAGAGAUGGAACCACGUAUAUCUUUUCUGAUGGGAUUGGAAAGAUAUCAUCUGAUUUCGCUCGAAGGGUUGCUACUAAGUGUGGAAUUAGAGAUGGUGUUCCAUCUGCCUUUCAGAUCAGGUAUGGUGGCUACAAAGGUGUCGUUGCAGUUGAUCCCACUUCAUCAAUGAAGCUGUCGCUGAGGAAGAGCAUGCUCAAGUAUCAAUCAGACAACACGAAGCUAGAUGUUCUAUCAUGGAGCAAGUAUCAACCCUGUUUCAUGAAUCGCCAGAUCAUCACACUCUUGUCUACCCUCGGAGUGCGUGAUCACGUCUUUGAGAAGAAGCAGAGGGAAGCAGUGACUCAGCUCGAUGACAUCUUAGUCGAUCCACUGAAAGCUCAAGAUGCGCUGGACUUGAUGUCUCCCGGGGAAAACACCAACAUCCUGAAAGAAAUGUUGAAAUGCGGCUACAAGCCUGAUGAAGAGCCGUUCCUCUCAAUGAUGCUGCAGACUUUCCGCCUAGCAAAGUUGCUCGAUCUAAGGGUGAAGGCAAGGAUAUUCGUUCCACAAGCUCGCCAAAUGAUGGGAUGUAUGGAUGAAACCGGCACCUUGGAAUACGGAGAGGUGUUUGUGCAGUUUUCAGGCACCGGAAGCAGUGGGUUGUAUGAGGGUACCAAGUACACCGUUACAGGAAAGGUGGCUGUGGCUAAGAACCCAUGUCUGCACCCAGGCGACGUCCGUGUUCUCAGAGCUGUGGACGUGCAAGAGCUGCAGCACAUGGUGGACUGCGUCGUCUUCCCACGAAAAGGAAAGAGACCUCAUCCAAAUGAGUGCUCUGGGAGUGAUUUGGAUGGAGACAUAUACUUUGUGUGUUGGGACCCUGAGUUGAUUCCCCCUAAUCAAGAGCCUCCCAUGACUUACAAUCCUGCUCCAAACACACUACUAGAUCACAAUGUCACCAUUGAGGAAGUUGAAGAGUACUUUACCAACUACAUUGUAAACGACAGUUUGGGAAUCAUUGCCAACGCACACACUGCCUUUGCUGACAAAGAGCGUGACGGGGCAUUAAGCAGUCCAUGUUUAGAGCUGGCCCAACUUUUCUCAGUAGCAGUCGACUUUCCCAAAACCGGAAUUCCUGCUGAAAUCCCUCCCCACCUACGUGUGAAAGAGUACCCUGAUUUCAUGGACAAACCCGACAAGACCACGUACACUUCGGAGAGGAUCAUCGGGAAGCUCUAUCGGCAGGUGAAGGAUAUCGCCCCCCACGCAGCUUCUCUGGGGAGCUUCACCAUGGAAGUAGCCAUGAGAUCAUACGACACUGAUAUGGAAGUUGAGGGAUUCAGGGAGUACAUCGAUGAAGCCUUCGAGUUUAAGACUGAGUAUGAUUACAAGCUGGGGAACAUGAUGGACUACUAUGGCAUCAAGACCGAGGCCGAGAUACUGAGCGGCGCUAUCAUGAAGACGUCAAAGACUUUUGAUCGGAGGAAGGAUGCGGAUGCGAUUGGCGCAUCUGUGAGGGCCCUUAGGAACGAAGCUAGGUCGUGGUUCAAGAAAGGAAGCGAAUCCGGGGAUGCCUACGCCAUGGCUUCGGCUUGGUAUCAUGUUACUUAUGAUUCUUCUUUCUGGGGGUGCUACAAUGUGGGGAUGAAAAGGAGGGGUCAUUACAUCAGUUUUCCAUGGUGUGUUUACGACAAGCUUGUCCAAAUCAAGAGGGCUAAAUCUGCAAGGAUAUCCUCACUUAAUAGGCACUUCAGAAAUAUGAAGCUUGUCCAAAUCAAGAGGGCUAAAUCUGCAAGGAUAUCCUCACUUAAUAGGCACUUCAGAAAUAUGAAUGUUUAGUUUUCACUCCACCUUCAAUCUGCUUGAUUUGGUGUGUAUUCAACUCAACUAAUGCAUAUAUAGUUUGUGUGUUAUUUCAACUGAAAUUUUAUAAAAAAGUGUCAUAAAAAUCAAUAUGAGAUUCAAAUUGCAUCA